AUGGACCUCGAGGACCUCGCGGCCGAAGCCGCUGGCGAUCCCACGGCCGACGAUGUAGAUGCCGACAUGAAACAGGUGUUUGCUGACGCAAAUACCAACCCUGAAUUUUGGGCGAACCUCGCGACCAUGGAGAUCGGAGGCGGAGAGAAAGCGGAGGAUGCGAUGGACUACGGAGACAUUUCGGACGACGACCUGGCGAGCGAUCAUGACGACGAUGGGGACGAGAACGAGCAGGGAAACUCACAUCAGCUUAGCGGCACCACUGUUCAAGAUGAGGAGGACCUGCAGGCAGAUGAAGAUAUCGAUGCUUUGUUCAAUGAGGAUGCGGCCAGUCCCGUGCCAGAGCAUUCCCAGGACAUUGAAGCGCAGAAGCCUGGCUCCGCUGCAUCAGUCCCAAUAGUUUCGACAGGCGGCGCUGGACAGACCGUCAACGCUACAAGUAAUGUUGCUGGAGACGAUGAGGAUCCUGAGUGGGUUGAGCAGAGGCGACUGUUCGCUGAGGCUAGCCGUCCAAAAGGCGAGCGUAUACCACUGGCACCAACCUCUGACAAGGAACUCUUCCGUCAGCUCUACCCUGACUUUGAGAAGGGAAAGCCGCUCCGUUUCUCCAGCUUAAUUCCUCGCAAGCGCGCAUACUUCAAGCCUCAAGAACCAGCAAAAGCGCCCAAGCCGCUGGCAUUCGGUACGAAAAUCAACCUGGACAUCGCGACCGACCAGGAGAAGAGCUUCCGACUGCCAUCAACCACCGUCCCCGUCAAGCAUAGCCGAGUAGACGAAGAGGAAGAGGGCGGUAUCAUCCACAUUCAGCAGCGCGUGGAGAAGGAAGGCGAGAGUAGUGACGAAAUGGAUUUGGACGUAUGGGAAGCUACCAAUGAUCACGAAGUCAUUGGUAAUGUCACCUGGGGUGAUCUAGAGGUCGCCUGCGAAGAUUGGAACAUCGACUCCGACAGCAUCGUUACAUUAUCCGACUCAGAGGGGGCUAAGACGCCUGAACUUGUCAGCAUCAACAGCGCUCCUAAGCGACGCCGAUUGGGUGACCGCGACAGUCCCGUGACGUUCUCAGUGUACGACCAUAUGAGCCUCCCCUCAUGGGACGAUCCUGAGUUUGUUACCGCGAAGCUAGCGAAGAAGAUCAUCCUGGACAUGAAUGAUCCUCAACUACUUCUCGACGUACAGCAGCCCACUGUAGAGGAGCAGAAACCCCGUACAAUUGGUGUUGGUCUCAAGCGCGACCCUCGUGGCGGCAUCGCCAAUCCCAUGCUCAAGCGCUUCAAUAUCUCGAAUGAUGAGCAUUAUGACGCUCUUAAGGAGAGCAGCCAGCAGAAGGUCCGUGGUACCAUUGGUAACUCCACUAUCGACCACAGCCUCCCGGCUCUGAAAUUGCAGUAUCCAUUCUACAAAGUCCACCUCUCCGAUCGAGAACUACGAUCCUUCCACCGCCCCACCGUUGCGUUCAAGCCUGGCGAGCGUGCUAUCAUAUCCGCGCUCAAGAGUGUCAAGAGGAAGAACAAGCGUCAUUUGAAGCCAUCCGAGGCAUUUGCCGUUGCCGAAGAUCUCAAUAUCGGAGAUAAUGCGGACCUUCUCCUUGCAGAGUAUUCCGAAGAGUAUCCCACCACACUUUCGAACUUCGGCAUGGGCGUCAAGGUUUUCAACUACUACCGUCGUAGGACCGCUGAGGACAAUAACAGGCCCAAGCCUGCGAUUGGAGAGACGCAAAUCCUGUUGCCACACGACAAGAGUCCAUUCGCCAUGUUCGGCCCCAUUGAGCCUGGCGAGGAGUGGUUGACGCUUCAGAAUGCGAUGUACCGCGCCCCGAUCUUUCAGCACAACCCGGAGAAGACCGAUUUUCUUGUCAGCAGGAGCCAAACUGGUGUCCAUGGUUCAAAGUACUACAUGCGAAACAUCGACAAUCUUGUCGUCGUCGGCCAAGAGUUCCCUUACACUGAAGUACCUGGCACCCACGCGCGUAAGGUCACUGAAGCUUCCAAGAAGCGGUUGAAGAUGCUAGCCUUCCGAUUGUAUCGACGAGGACAGCAGAAUAGUCACAGGCAGCCUUGGGUGAGCAAUGAGAUGAUCAAGCAUCAUCUUCCUGGUACAGAAAUCGCGCAGAACCGUUCGAGGAUGAGGGAAAUCAUGAAGUACGACAAGAAUGUGGGCACUUGGCAGCCUGUAGAUGGUGAGACUAUCCCGGAUGAGCCGACUCUGCGCACGUGGAUCAAGCCGGAGGACAUUUGCCUGAUUGAUUCCAUGCAUGCUGGUGACAAGCAGCUCCAAGAUGCCGGUAUUAAGACCGACGACAUUAAAGAUGAUGAGGAUGGCGAUGGCAACGAAACUCUCGAAUUGAAGCUAGCGCCGUGGCAUACUACUAAGAACUUCCUGAAUGCUUGCACAGGAAAGGCGAUGCUGACGUUGCAUGGAGAGGGUGACCCUACUGGACGCAACGAAGGUUUCAGCUUCAUUAAGACUUCUAUGAAAGGCGGUUUCAAGGACAUUGGCGAGAGCACUGCAGACAAGAUCGAUGCCCGAAACAAGAAGGAUAAUGGCGGUCACAGUUACAACGUCCAGAAGCAACAGCAGCAGUAUGAGGACGCCAUCAAGCGUAUCUGGAACAAACAGAAGGACAGCCUUCGCUCUGCCGCGAUACCUUCUGAUGAAGACUUAGAUGUCGAUGCCAUGUCGCAACCUAACCCGGCUCGUGGACGCUCGGAGGCCCCGACUCCGUACUCAGGUUUGCGAGGCGAAGAUGAGACUAUGAGUCAGUUCAGUCGUAACAGUGCAGGUGCCGAACGUGGCAAGAAGCUUCGCAUUGUCCGCAAGUUCAGGAAUCGCCACGACGAAAUCGAAGAGAAGGUACAGAUCAUUACAGACCCCGAAGUCAUCAAACUAUACAUGAAGCGUAAGAAGCAGCAGCGAUUAUUGAGCAUGAACAUCGAUGAUAUCAAGCCAACCGGUAAUGCCGAGUUCGAUCACCAACAGAUGCUGAAGCUCAAGGCAGAAAUGGCGCGUCUUCAACGCAACAUCGAGCGUCGCGAAGGUCGCGAAAAGGCUAAGGGCAUUGCUCCAUCGAAUGGGAAGAGUAGCUCUACUCCGCGAAAGUGUGCGAACUGCGGCGAAGUGGGACACAUCAAGACGAACAAAAAGUGCGCGAAGACCGUUUCUUUUGUCUCUCCCCUCUAA